CUGAAGUCAAUCACUUCCUCAAUAACGCCUUUCGAUACGCCUUCUAACAAAAUUCCCAGACAAAUACUACAAAACUCAAUUAAAAGAAAACAACAAGAAGUUUCCGAGAUAGAUGAUCCAAACAAUAUAUCAAAUAUAAAUAACUCAAAUAAAUUAAGAAAAUUGAAAAAAGAUUUUGAAUCCGUUGAAUAUAUUAACACAAUUGUAAUCAAUCCCUCAACUUCUUUUGCCAAAAUUAGAUUAUCAACACCAAAGAUUAGACUAUCUUUUUUGAUUAAAUCUCCAACUAAUGGAAACUUAUUAUUUGAAAUUAAAAACGGCAAUGGCACAGAACAAAAACCUACUAGAAUAUCCUCAAGAAUAGCAAGCAUAACCACUAAUAAUGAUAGAAACAGAAAUAACAGCAAUUCUGUGACAAACAAUUCUCCAUCAAAUGGGGUUUCACAUGCCGAAUAUUCAAAACAAUUGUUUGUUGAUUUUAUUCCAAAACUAGUUAACCUUUGUACUGGGAAUGGUAAUGACUUCUGGGCAAUUUCAACCAUAGAUGGAAGUAUUUUGAUUUAUUCUUAUGGUGGUCGUAGAUUGUUCCCCCCAUUAGUACUUGGUUCAACUAUAUCAUUUUUAGAGUCUAAAGGUGAUUAUCUAAUGGCUGUAACCUCAAUUGGUGAAGUUCAUGUUUGGAACAUAAAAGAAAAAAAAUCUGCUUUUAAACCGGCAAAUUUAUACUCGUUGCUAGAUACAACUACUAAACUACAGGAAGAUAUACUUAGUAAGUCUGAAAAUUUAACAAUGGUUUCAAUAACUAAUAAAGGGAUACCAAUUAUAACGCUAACUAAUGGAAAUGGAUAUCUUUACGAUAAAGAAAUGAAUAGUUGGUGCACUAUCAGCGAGCUUUGGUGGGCUUUUGGGUCACAUUAUUGGGAUGCAACAAAUAAUGCAAAUAAUAAUAACACGGAUAGAAAUUCACUAGGGUUCCCAAUGAUACUGAACACCCAAAAUAAACCAACUAUAUUGUCGCUCUUAGAAUCAAAGACAAAUGAAGAAUUGCUUAGAAAGAAUAAAGGAGAUUUAUUCAAAAAAAUUUCAAAAAUUAUGUUGAUGAAACAAGGUUUUGAGAAUUUGGAAAAUUCAAUUUCAUUAUCUCACUUAGAAAAUAAAAUAAUUAUAAGCAAGUUAUUAGAAGAAAAUGAAGAAUUUAAAAAAUUGUUAAUCAAUUACUGUGUCAGAAUAAGUGAAUUAGGUUUAAAACAUCGUUUAAUAGAAAUUUGUUUAGAGCUAUAUGGACCUAAUUUUGAAAUAGACGAAAGCAGCGACUUUAAUGACAGUGACAGUGAAAGUAGUAUUGAUAGCGACUUUGAAGUACGUGAGUUACUAAGAGAAAUUAUAUUAAACUGCAGCAAAAACAGAGAGGUUCAAAGAGUUUUAGUAAGGUUUGCUAAAGUCUUAGAGAUUAUU